ACAGAAUUGAAAAAUGGACAGACAAUUUGUUACACUUGCAUUUGCAUGGAUUUGCGCCAUUAUUGCAGCAGCAGUUACUGGAGAUGAUGUUGAAUUGAGUCCACAGACAUGCAACAGAUGUCAAGUCGGCUAAAUUAAUGUUGAUGAACUGCUUGCAAAUUGAUUUAAGUUUGAGCCAAUAUAAAUACUCGGAAUUGAUUGGAAUAAUUUUUAAUAAAAUGUGAUUUUAUUUUUUUUUAAAUAAAACUAAUUUUGAAAUUGAAUUUUGGACGUUUUG